CCAUGGUGGCCAUCCUCUUUGGAAUGACCCGAGUGUGGGAAACGGAGCCAGUCAAGGUCGCAAAUCAUGGAGAAAUAACGCACCACACACACACACACACCCCUCUCUCUCUCUCGCCACUCGGCGGCCACCAAAGCACCUUGGUUUUUUGUGUCACCAUCCAUCUGCAUCUGGGUCUAGAUUUGGGUCUGGGUCCGGUCGCGUCUGUGGAUAAUCAGAAAUCGAAACCCUAAUAAAACUUUUUCAAUUUCCGUGCAUUUUCAACUUCUGCUCACGAUUUUCCUAGAUGGGUCGCUCACGCGCCGUCACUCAGGCUGCCGUCGAUGAUCCCGGACACAGUCGGUCAAAGAGAAAACGGACAGCUCAAAAUGUAGAGAACACAGAAAGUGCUACUCCUGAAGUUCCAGGAAUAAAUGAUGGGAAGAAGGCCUUGUACCACUGCAACUACUGCAACAAGGAUAUUUCGGGAAAGAUUCGGAUUAAGUGUGUCAUAUGUUCUGAUUUUGAUCUCUGUGUUGAAUGCUUUUCUGUUGGGGCUGAGGUCCAUCCUCACAAAAGCAAUCAUCCUUACAGAGUCAUGGACAACCUGGCAUUUCCCUUGAUAUGUCCUGACUGGAAUGCUGAUGAGGAGAUGCUACUUUUGGAGGGCAUUGAAAUGUAUGGACUAGGGAAUUGGAAUGAAGUUGCAGAACAUGUAGGAACAAAAAGUAAAUCGCAGUGUAUUGAUCAUUAUAACAAAAUAUAUAUGAAUUCCCCUUGCUUCCCUCUUCCGGACAUGUCUCGUGUGAUGGGCAAGAACAGAGAGGAACUUCUUGCUAUGGCCAAAGAGCAAAGUGAGUACAUGAAAGCUACCUCAGGUACUGGUACUUGUGGUGAUGUUGAAGUGAAGGAAGAGACCCAUUUUUCUGCAAGAAUCAAGUUGGAAGAACCGAAAAUUGAUGGACAACCAGGACGUUCCUCCUCAAGUGUCUCUUCUGAGCAAGACACGAUUCGAGGUUGUAAAAUCUCAAUGGGAGCCAGUGAGAGGACUACCAGCAAUGUGCUGAAUAAUGAUGGUCUUGAUGCCGUUAAAUUAGAAGAGUUUCCAUCAGACAGGAGCAUUGGAGAAAAAAAACCUAGGACAUCAAGCGAUGAGGGUGUUUCUUUGAAGGAAUUAAGUGGAUAUAAUUCUAAAAGGCAAGAGUUUGAAAUUGAGUAUGAUAAUGAAGCUGAGCAGUUACUGGCCGAUAUGGAAUUCAAGGAGAUAGAUACUGAAGCUGAGCGAGAUCUGAAACUAAGAAUUUUGCAUAUAUACUCAAAACGGCUAGAUGAAAGAAAAAGGAGGAAAGAAUUCAUUUUGGAAAGAAAUUUACUAUAUCCUGACCCUUUUGAGAAGGAGCUUACAUCAGAAGAGAAGGAAUUAUGUCGCCGCUACCGAGUGUUCAUGCGAUUUCAUACUAAAGAGGAGCAUGGGGAGCUGCUGAGGUAUGUUGUUGAGGAGCAACGGAUUUUGAAAAGAAUACAAGGUCUUCAGGAAGCUCGAGCUGCUGGGUGCCGCACUUCUGCUGAAGCUGAGAGGUAUAUUGAACAAAAGUUGAAGAGGGAAGCUGAGGAGAAUGCAAGGAGAGUGAAGGAAAGUUCCCAGGCUGGUCCCAGUGGAAAAUAUUUGCAGAGAAUGAGCCAUCAAAAAGGAGAAGUAGACACCAGCAGUCCCAGGGUUGGUAACAAGAGCCCCAGUGUCUUGGACCCUAGUGGCAAGGACUCUCUAUCUAGCACCAUUGCCAAGGGGCCCACUGGCUCUGAAGUCUCGGAUAACUGGGAUGUCACCGGCUUUCUCGGGGUUGAUUUACUUUCAGAAGCUGAAAAACAGCUGUGUGAGGAGAUCAAAAUCCUACCAACUCAUUACCUCAACAUGCUGCAAACCCUGUCCAUGGGAGUCUUGAAUGGAUCUGUAACCAAAAAAUCAGAUGCUCAUGGGCUGUUCACCGUGGUCGAUCCAGGCAAGGUUGAUAGAGUGUACGACAUGCUUAUACGAAAAGGAAUUGCUCAAACGUAGAAUCCAUCACAUGAUCAUUUGAAGGUGAAGGGUGGGUUGAAAGUGGUAAUGUUUGGUGAUCUCACUUUAGAAUCAAUCUAAGAUAGUCAUUGGUAAUGUGUGUUGUGUAGCUGCUAGCAAGUUCAAUUGGAUAAUGCUUGCUGCCUCUGCUCAGAUCAGAUAAAUGUUGAAGGAUAGAUAUGGAAAAUGGAUAUGCCGUGUAAUGUGCUCAUGUAUACUUUCUCAUGUAUGGAUUCAAAUCUUACUAUACAAAUGUGCCAAAUUUCUCUCAUCAA